GAGAGAGGGAGAGGGACAGAGAGGGAGAGGGAGAGGGACAGAGAGAGAGAGAGAGAGAGAGACAGAGAGAGAGAGACAGAGAGAGAGACAGACAGGGAGAGAGAGACAGAGACAGAGAGACGGAGAGAGAGGAGGACAGAGGGAGGGAGCGAGCGAGAGCGCCCGCCCAAGCUCAGCGGAGAGAGAAGGGAGGCCAAUGGUUAAUGCUAAAGAAGAGGAAAACCCAGCUCCGUCCUCUGGCCGGGGGCAGCCUGGGAAGUGACGUCCUGUAGCAUUUGCUGUUCUAGAAGGGCAGUGUAGGGGCCUUCGGAGAUGGGGAAAGACUACUAUGCCAUUCUGGGCAUUGAGAAAGGCGCUUCGGAGGAGGAGAUCAAGAAGGCGUACCGGAAACAAGCCCUGCGCUUCCACCCGGACAAGAACAAGUCUCCGCAGGCCGAGGAAAAAUUCAAGGAGGUGGCCGAAGCCUAUGAAGUUCUGAGUGACCCCAAGAAGAAGGAGAUCUACGACCAGUUUGGGGAGGAGGGCUUGAAGGGAGGAGCCGGUGGGACGGAUGGACAAGGAGGUACCUUCCGGUACACCUUCCACGGGGACCCUCAUGCCACGUUUGCAGCCUUUUUCGGCGGCUCCAGCCCUUUCGAUGUCUUCUUCGGGAGGAGAAUGGGCACUAACAGAGACCCCGAGGACAUGGAGGUGGACGCGGACCCCUUCGGCGCCUUUGGCUUCAGCAUGAACGGCUACCCGCGGGAGAGGAGCACGGUGGGCCCGCCCCGGCCCCGGCAAGACCCCCCCGUCAUCCACGAGCUCAGAGUGUCUCUCGAAGAGAUCUACAACGGCUGCACCAAGCGCAUGAAGAUUUCCCGGAAGAGGCUGAACCCCGACGGCAGGAGCGUCCGCAUCGAGGACAAGAUCCUCACCAUCGAGAUCAAGAAGGGCUGGAAAGAGGGGACGAAGAUCACCUUCCCGAGGGAGGGAGACGAGAUGCCCAACAGCAUCCCGGCAGACAUCGUCUUCGUCAUCAAGGACAAGGAGCACACGCAGUUCAAGAGGGACGGCUCCAACCUGCUCUACCCCGUCCGGAUCAGCUUGCGGGAGGCCUUGUGCGGCUGCUCCAUCAACGUGCCCACGAUAGAAGGAAGGACCAUCCCGAUGACCAUCAACGAGGUCGUGAAACCUGGGAUGAGGAGGAGAAUCAUAGGCUACGGACUGCCGUUCCCCAAAAACCCCGACCAGCGGGGCGACCUGCUCAUAGAGUUCGAAGUGAACUUCCCCGACAGCCUGUCUGCCGCGUCCAAAGACGUCCUCAGGAAGCACCUCCCCGCCUCCUAGGAGGACGCAGGACUCGCUCUGCCCUCGGGCCUCGGCCAAGGCUGCCGCCGAUGGACGGACCAUGCGCACCGCGGGCUCGAGGCCUUGGGAGUCCGGGAUGUGCAUGACCAGAGGCUCGAAUAAAGGGCGCGCGGGACUGGCAGGGAGCUAUGGAGAGCAAAGGCCCUUGCUGUAUUUUUUCUUCUUACCCAGAAACUUCGUUCACCAUCUUGCAUCCGUGUAAAAUGUAGUGGUUCUGUGAUGCUAGUGUACAUAUUGCUAAUAAAGUCCCGGAAUAUGCAAGUA